AGCCAGGUCUCCAACACUCAUUGUAUCAGUACUAACUCUGACAACAGCCUGCAAACAACAACACAACUACCAUCGCCAUGGGCAAUAAGGGCGAACCUACCGCCUUGGACUCGAGAAGUCCUAAGGGCAAUUCUUCUAUCCGGCGGUUGCUCCACUUCCUCAAGCACGCCACCAAGAACCGACAAACCGACACGUACUCCUUGAAAAGCAAAGCCAGCGAUCUGCCUUCAGUGCCCAGCACGCCUCAAAGCAGCAGCACCGAGGGCAAAACAAUGUCCACCCGAUUCAAUGCCGAUGAGUUUAGAAUGCGCGCUCAACUCAGCAACACGUCUUCAACUGUGCCCCCAAAUUCCAACCUAGUCGCUGCAUCCGAGUCUACCCGCCAAGCCCUCUCCAGUGUUCCCGAGAACGCCGCAUCCAAGAAUGGUCCCCAGGCAUCCUCCCAGACAUCCGUUGCCCCCAGCAGCGCCGACACCCCUUCUGCUUCUAAAUCUCAAAAGAGCCGCAAGUCACACAAGCCCACCAUGAUUACUCCUGAACUCAUGCAACAGAUCCAAAUAUCUAACAAGAAGCGCAGUGGCGGUGCUCUGCGGGAUAAUGGUGAGCUUCGCAGGAAGAAUCUGGGAACUGCGACUGUGACGAAUAGAGCUAAGGCUGUUGUUGCUAGCCCCCUGCGGUGGUCGGAGGAGUAGACAAUGAGAUCUACGUUUUUUGAAAAUGGAGGGAAAAAACAAAAUGAAAGGAGAAGUCACGUCAGGGUGGUGAUAACAGCUUAUACUCGCUUAUGGGGUGGCGUAGAUGGCCGGUCCCUCUUUCUUUCUGACCACUGCAUCAGUGGCUUGGGGACAAACUAAUGGUGUACUUU